CUGCGCUCCUGAAAGGAGCGGCGCGGCCCGCGUCCCCCGAGCCCGAGCGCUCUCUCUGGGGCUCCCCGUCCCAGGCUCCCCGAACACUCAGCGGAGCGGCUCCCUGCACACUUGGUGAAGCGACCCGAGGAUGCAUCACCGAGGCUUCCUCCUCCUCGCCCUCCUCACCCUGCUGGCGCUCACCUCCGCGGUGGCCAAAAAGAAAGACAAAGUGAAGAAGGGCGGCCCGGGGACCGAGUGCGCGGAGUGGGCCUGGGGGCCCUGCACCCCCAGCAGCAAAGACUGCGGCGUGGGCUUCCGCGAGGGCACCUGUGGGACCCAGACUCAGCGUACCCGGUGCAGGGUGCCUUGCAACUGGAAGAAGGAGUUUGGAGCGGACUGCAAGUACAAGUUUGAGAGCUGGGGGGCGUGUGAUGGGGGCACGGGCACCAAAGCCCGCCAAGGCACCCUGAAGAAGGCGCGGUAUAAUGCCCAGUGCCAGGAGACCAUCCGCGUGACCAAGCCCUGCACCCCCAAGACCAAAGCCAAGGCCAAAGCCAAGAAAGGGAAAGGAAAGGAUUAGCAGCCAGGUCUGGAUGCCGAGGAGCCCAGGGCCGGUGCCCUCCCUCCCACAGGCCCAAGAUCUAACCUACCAGUGCCUUUUGUCUACUCAUUAGCUUUAUCAAUCAUACCCUGCUUCUUCCCUUUCAGUCCUGUGCCCCCACCCCCAAGUGUCCCAGAUGGGGAGGGACAGGGGAUUGUGGACAGCUUGAGCCUCCUGCCCCAGAGGGAUGUGAUUCCCGGUACCCCCUUUUGUUCUUCCCCACAAAGAUGCCAUUACUGAGAAAUAAAUAAACAGUCGUGUUUUUGUUUUG